GUGCGUUUGUUCGUGUUACGAUAUGCGGUUGGACUUUUUCCCGCAAAACCUUCAAAAUUCACGGCUUAUUCCACAAAUUCGUCAUCUUCUUUAGUUUGUCUUGAAAACCAAACGAAUCCAUCAUGUGCGAUCAUUGCGCAAAAGUUACGAGCCAGAAGGGAUACGCAGGACAAGUGACGUGCAAAUGCGACCACGGCGAGAAGAAGAACGGCGAGGCCAAGGAAAAGGAUUUCGGUGGAUGUUGCUCGAAGAAAGCGAGAGAGGCAGCCGGUGGGUGUUGCAUGUCCGGCUGUUGCAAGGAUAAAGCGAAGCAGAAGGAACCGGAAGCUCCCUCGAAAUGUUGCGCAGAUCGUAAAUGAUGUCUCCCUGUAGAAAAAUAAAAAAAUUCUGACUCUCUAUACCGGCCAAUGUAAUAUCACUUCUUCAACAAUAAAC